CUCCGCUUGCUCCUCCCGCACAGGCAUACGCCACUGCGGCUAUUUAAGAUCAAACCGUUCGGCACUCGAGACACAAUUGGACCGCAGUGACUUGAAAGAGACGCUUGCAGUUUGUACUUUCGAGAACCUCCGUCCGUCUCAAGUCCGUACCUUCCGUCAGAUCAUCAUACAGUUAUCACCAUGAAGGUCUCCUACGCAGUCGCCCUCCUGUUGGCCGCCGUGGCCGCCGCUUCGUCGACGGAAGUCCAAAAGUCGACCGCCGCCCCGUCACCUGCACAGUCGCCAACGGCUUUCCCCGCAGGACCAGGAGGCUUCCCGUAUCCGGCCCAGAGCUACCAGUACACUUCCGAGUACGCCGGACCGAUCGCCAAGUCAUCGUUCGCACCAAAGGCCGCCGUCCCGUCGUCUGCUUUCGCUGCCUACCAACCGUACCAGCAACACCAACAGUACAAUUUCGGACCAAACCAACAGUACUACCCGGGUUCCGGAUACUCCGCCGCCGGACAAUACCCGACGCCGUACUCGGCUUACCCGUACUCCGCACAACCGUACUCUGCCCAACCGUACUCCGCCCAACCGUACUCCGCCCAACCGUACUCUGCCCAACCGUACUCAGCUCAACCGUACUCUGCCCAACAGUACAACGGCGGCUCUUACUCGCCAUAUCCGGGCGCCUUCCCCUCGUACUACGGUAAUCAAUUCGGCGUCCCGUCCGCCGCCGCCGCCACCGGUCAAUACAACAGCCAUUACUCGGCAGCCGCCGCCGCUCCGUACAACGGCCACUACUCGGGCGCCGCCUCGCCGACCGUCACCCCGUACUCGGCUCUGCCAUCCGCUUACCCACAACAACCUCUGCAUCACUCGCCGUCGUUCUACAACAGCGUCGCCGCCGGCCAACAGUACAACCCGUCACAACAGUACCUCUCGCAACACCAACAGUACCCGUCACAACAGUACCAGUCAAUCUACGCCAACUCACCGGCCGCCCCCGUCGCCGCCGCCGCCGCCUCCAGCGCUUCCGAUUCCGCCAAGGCCUCGGCCGAGAAGAAAUGAACGAUAUAUGAUCAUCAUGGACACCCCACCGCAGGACUUUUGACUUAAUGUUUUGACACUUAGGAUAAUAUAAUACGAGCGUUUAAGUUAGUUUUAUUAUUAUUUAUUUUUGCAACACUUAUUGC